AUGGGGAAGAAAUCUAAGAAGUCUCAACAAAGCAAUUGGGACGACGAUCUGGGAGAAGACGCCGUUUCUGCGACUCCCGAGCCAUUGGCGGCGGAAAACUCCGUUGCAAACUCUCCAGAGCCUGAAUUGAGUGCUGAAACCGGUGAUGCUAGCCUUGUCGAUGCCGACGAGGAAGAAGAAUUGGAAACAGAUUUCAUGUCUGCUCUCAAAAGUUCCAAGAGCAAAGCUGCCACCAAAGAGAAAGAACAGGAUGCCAAGAAACCAGUGAUCAAGUCCAAGAAAGAGAAGGAAAAGGAGAAGAAAGAACUAGAAAAGCAGAAGAAGAAAGAAUUGGCUGCGAAAAAGAAGGCCCAGCAACAGGCCCAAAAGGAAAAAACUAAGGAACUCAACAGACAGCAAGCAGAGUCCGCUGCAGACGCCAAGAAAUCCAAACAGAACAAGAGUGAUGGCGCUUCUGAUGACUCGGGAGCUGCUCCUGCUGCUGCUGCAAGCAAAAAGAGUGCCAAGAAGGUUCCUGCUGGUCUUGCAGCCUUGAGACGUCAAUUGGAACUCAAGAAACAAUUGGAAGAACAAGAGCGUCUUGAGAGAGAAGAGGAAGAAAGGCUGGAAAAGGAAGAAGAAGAGCGUCAGGAACAGCUCAAACUGGCCGAAGAAGAGUCCAAGCGUGAAAAGCGUGAGAAGGAAAAGGCCAAGCGUGAAAAAUUGAAGGCAGAAGGUAAACUUCUGACCAGAAAGCAGAAAGAGGAGAGAAAACUCAUUGAAAAGAGACGUGCCGCUCUGCUUGCCGCUGGAAACAUUCAAGUCGCCGGUUUGAACAAGUCCAACGAAGCUGGUGAAGAAGCCGUUAACAAGCCCAAGAAAGUCGUGUACGGCAAAAAAAAGAAGAAGACCCAGCAGGAAAAAGAUGCCGAAGCUGCUGCUGCUGCGGCCCAGAAAGCUGCUGAAGCUGCCAAUGCUGCUGAGGACGACGGAGAAGAAGCUCUCAUCGAUGACUGGGAAAAUCUACUCGAGGAGGACGACGAGGAAGCUGAAGAAGCUGCUGUAUCUGAGCCCGAGGAAACUGUUGAGCAAGGUGAAGAGGAAGAAGAAAUUGAGGAAAUCAACCCAGUCAAACCUGCUGCUGUCGAGAAGGCUCCACAGGCCCCACAGACCACGACAUCCGCAGCGGUCUCGCGUCAAUCGCCAUCUCCAUCUCCAGCAGGCCAGAAAGACUUACGUUCGCCAAUUUGCUGUAUCUUGGGUCACGUCGAUACUGGUAAGACUAAGCUGUUGGACAAGAUCAGACAGACCAACGUCCAAGGUGGUGAAGCCGGUGGUAUUACUCAACAAAUUGGUGCUACUUACUUUCCAAUUGAGUCUGUCAUCAGCAAGACUCAAUCCAUGGCUCAGUUCGAAAAGCAGACUUUCGAUGUUCCCGGUUUGCUAGUUAUCGACACUCCAGGUCACGAAUCUUUCACCAACUUGCGUUCCAGAGGUUCCUCGCUGUGUAACAUCGCCAUCUUGGUCAUUGACAUCAUGCACGGUCUUGAACAGCAGACCAUUGAAUCCAUUAGAUUGUUGAGAGACAGAAAGGCACCAUUCGUGGUUGCUUUGAACAAGAUCGAUAGAUUGUAUGACUGGCAAGCCACCCCUAAUGACGCCUUCAGAAGCACUUUCCAAAAGCAGACCAGAGGUGUCAAACAAGAGUUUGCCACUAGGCUAGAGGCUAUCAAAGUCGCUCUUGCCGAGCAGGGUCUAAAUUCUGAAUUGUACUUCCAGAACAAAAACAUGGCCAAAUAUGUGUCUAUCGUACCUACAUCAGCUGUCACUGGUGAAGGUAUUCCAGAUUUGUUGUGGUUGUUGCUAGAGUUGACACAGAAGAGAAUGUCCAAACAAUUGAUGUACCUGUCCCACGUUGCUGCUACAGUUUUGGAAGUCAAGGUUGUCGAGGGUUUCGGUACUACCAUUGAUGUUAUCUUGUCCAACGGUUACUUGAGAGAGGGUGACCGUAUCGUAUUGUGUGGUCUGAACGGCCCUAUCGUCACUAAUAUCAGAGCUUUAUUGACCCCACAACCACUGCGAGAGCUUCGUUUGAAAUCUGAGUAUGUGCAUCACAAGGAAGUUAAAGCUGCCCUCGGUGUCAAGAUUGCCGCUAACGACUUGGAGAAAGCCGUUUCUGGUUCCAGACUGUUGGUUGUUGGACCAGAUGACGAUGAGGAAGAAAUGAUGGAUGACGUUAUGGAUGACUUGACUGGUCUUCUUGACUCAGUUGACACUUCUGGUCGUGGUGUGGUUGUGCAAGCGUCUACCCUAGGUUCUUUGGAGGCUUUGCUGGACUUCUUGAAAGACAUGAAGAUUCCCGUAAUGUCCAUCGGCUUGGGUCCUGUUUAUAAAAGGGAUGUUAUGAAGGCUUGUGCAAUGUUGGAGAAGGCAAAAGAAUUCGCAGUCAUGCUGUGCUUCGAUGUGAAGAUAGAUAAAGAAGCCGAGCACUAUGCUGAAGAACAAGGUGUCAAGAUUUUCAAUGCCGAUAUCAUUUACCAUCUAUUCGACGCCUUUACCGCAUACCAAGAGAAGCUCAUGGAGCAGCGUCGUAAGGACUUCUUGCAUGAUGCUAUUUUCCCAUGUGUGCUAAACACUUUGCAAAUCAUCAACAAGCGUGGUCCUAUGAUCAUUGGUGUCGACGUCCUAGAAGGCUCUGUUCGUGUUGGAACACCAAUUUGUGCUGUUAGAAUAGACCCUGUCACCAAAGAAAAGAAUGUUCUUUUACUAGGUAAGGUUGUUUCGCUGGAAAUCAACCACCAAGCACACAACGAGGUUAAAAAGGGUCAAACGGCUGCCGGUGUUGCAAUGCGUCUAGAAGAUCCAUCUGGUCAGCAACCGAUCUGGGGUCGUCACGUCGAUGAGAAGGACACAUUAUACUCAUUGAUUACAAGAAGAUCUUUGGACACUUUGAAGGAUCCAGCAUUCAGAGACCAAGUUUCUAGGUCAGACUGGCUGUUGCUGCGUAAGAUGAAAACUGUUUUCGGCAUUGAGUAG